AUGAUGUGCUUUCUUUUACCAAUCACUUUUACGCAAUUGAUUCGUCUACUAAUCGUAUUAUUACUACACUAUUCUUGUCGUGCUCAACUAGUACGAGGUCGACCUCCAUCUUUUCGAGAAGAGGACUAUCCAGCAUUGGUUAAUCUAACGGAAGGGCAGCCAUUAUUGCUGAAUUGUCGCGCAGACCUCGCCGAAAAGGUGCACUGGCUGAAAAAUGGUUUCUCGACUUCUAUAGAGGCGAACAUAUUGCAAGCACUCACUUCGAAUCGAAAUGAUUCUGGCGUCUAUAGAUGUGUUGCGUCAAAUUCCGUAGCGUCUGUUUUGUCACCGCCAAUCAAGGUCAAUGUCCAGUAUCUGGAUGGCUUCGAAGAGUCAGAUUCCACAAAUCAACAGGUUUCUGCUAACGAAGGUGGUUACUUCAUACUCAGAAGACCGGCAUUAAUUGCUAGUAGCGAUCCUCUGCCAGGAACAGAUUAUUCCUGGUAUAAUGGUGAGAAUCAGGUAUAUUCAAAUGGGUCACGAUAUAUUACUUCACGAGGAGAUCUAGUGGUUAUUGAAGCGACACGUGACUCUUUUGGGGACUACAAGGUUGUUGCCUCUGCUGAUGGAUUAAACGAAGCUGUUUCUAGCGUGUAUGCUGUUCGACCUAGCAAUAACCCUGGAGACUUUUUCGAAGGACUAUCGAUCAUUUAUUUCUCAGAGGAUAGGACCGUUUUUUCUUCUGGUCAUGCCCAAAGAAACAUGGAGACUUUCGACUGUGUGACAUCUCGAAGGGAUGAUGCUCGAACUCGAUGGUUUUUGAAUGGAGCAGUAAUUUCUGGAACAGAAGCAGGUGUCGAGUUAUCUCAAAAUAAUCGCCUUCUUUCGCUAACAAAUCAGUAUCUACUGAAACAGGGUCGAUCCGAACAUAAAUUGGACUGUAAAGUAGUGGCCGAGUCGGGGCGUGCGUUUGAUCAGCGGUCCUUAAAAAUUGAUGUCAUCGAUGCACCGGCGCUGAGACCUCUCUCUGGAGAAGUUUUACAACCCCUGGGCUCGGAGCUGAAUCUUCAUUGCACCCAAAAGAAAAGGAAUGGCCUUUCUUCUACCAUAAAAUGGUUUUUCAAUGGGCGUGAGGUCGCCGUGAAGAGAGGCCGGCUAGUGGUCAAGGAAUUAUCGCAGAGAGACUAUGGUGUAUACCAAUGUGAAGCGACAAACGAAGCCGGAUCCAGCAUGAAUACCGUAUGGGUGAAGGAGGGAGCGAGCCAAAAUCGAGCACUCCCACAAUCAGAUCAACCUGUGUCGAGCGAAGAGAGCAGUCAGGAGAACGAGUUUGGAGCACCUGUGAUCGCCAAACCUCCGAAAGAUGUCUCUUUCUCAGUCGGAUCAACCACUUUGAAAUUGCCAUGUGUAGUCACCGGAACACCCGUGACAACAACGACGUGGAGAUUUAAUGAUGUGGAUAUCACUCAAGAUUCGACCAAAUAUGAUGUCACCGCUGAUGGUCUAACCAUCCACGAUCUCAAGAAAUCCGACAGUGGUAGCUAUACGUGCAUUGCAAAGAACAACUAUGGUAUGACAAGCGCCACGGCGAGAGUGACGUCUACAGGAUCGAAUUUGAUUGAAUACGGUCCGACGAAUCAAAGUGUUGUAAUAGGAACGAAUAUAGUAAUUCCAUGUGAAGUUAGCGAAGAUUUUGAAGCCAAUGCCAAUGUGAUGUGGUUCAUGAAUGAUGAACCAAUACCCGCGACCGGUAAUCCCAGCUUACGGUUGUCCAACAAAAAAGGUGGCCUACUGAUACAGCAAGUGGGACCGGAUAACAUAGGGGAGUACCGGUGUACGGUGUCAGCAGAUGGCCGGGAAGAGAGCGCUUCCGCUUUUUUACGAAUCAUCGAACGACCACAAAUGCCUACAUUUGUGCGAGCAGAACUCAUUAAUAACACUAUUCCGGCAAAAAUCCGUGUCUCUUGGGUUGAAGGUUUCGAUGGAAACUCACCAAUAAUCAAGCAUUCGGUUGAAAUGCGAACAGUGGGGCCAACUCAACUAUGGAGUGACUGGGAGGUUGUGGUUGAUAAUGUGCCCAGCGAGGAGUGUUGCUCCGUUCUUGUGGAUAAUCUGCGUCCAUCAGUGACAGCUGAGUUCCGUGUGAUUGCCUCGAAUCGGUUUGGAUCUGGGAAACCGUCGUUACCAUCAGGGAACGUCACGAUGCCACAGCAACCACCGGCUGCGGCGCCACGCAAUGUCGCAGCAUCGGCGAGAUCAGCGAACAGUAUUAUAGUGCAGUGGCAACAACCACAAGAAGAACAGUGGAGCGGGGAUAUACUGGGAUAUGUUGUUCGCUACCGUCUUGCUGGUUAUACUCUACCAUGGAUCGAAAAGAAUGUGACAACAAAGGAUGCAAGGAAUACUGCUAUUGAUCAGUUGAUCACCUGGAGAGAGUACGAAAUCCAAGUGGCGGCGUAUAAUCACAGGGGAUUGGGCGUCUUCAGUAAAAGUAUCGACGUAACAACAGCAGAAGGAGUACCAACACAGUCCCCAAAAAAUGUCAUAGCGAAUGUUUUGAAUUCAACUGCAGUACAAAUCAGGUUCACAGCACCGGAUCAGCAGAGAAUUCCCGGAGUAAAUUUGGGAUACAAGGUGGAGUUCUGGAAAGGUAUUCCUCAAAAAGGAGUACUAUAUCGACAAGUAAUGGUUGAUCCAACGUCCAAAGAUCUAGCCGUAAUAGUGGAAGGAUUAGAGAAGUUUGGUCAUUAUAAUGUAACAGUGCUUUGUUAUACGUCUCCGGGUGACGGACCUAGAAGUCAUCCGGUACAAGUAGUUACUGAUGAGGACAUACCAGGAGCUGUUAGUGGGCUGAGCAUUGCUGAGGUGAUGUUCAACGGUGCUGUAGUUGUCUGGGACAUCCCUGAACAUCCGAACGGUGUAAUCACGAGAUUUGUGCUACGCUAUUGGAAUGAUGCAUUCCCUAAUGACAUAACGGUACAGGAAUUCGACGGAACGCAGAGGAACCUAACGAUUGAAGGAUUGAGUCCAUCGACACGUUAUACGGUGGAUAUCCUGGCAUCGACAGUUAAAGGUGAUGGACCACGUGAAGAGACUAAGUUUGAAUCAGGAGUACCGCCAGAACUACCGGGACGAUCAACCUCCCUCACGGUGUCAGAUAUUCGCGCUAGAUCAGUUCUUCUGAAUUUUGUGCCAGGAUUUGAUGGCCAUACCGCAAUUCGACAGUGGAUUGUUGAGGCAAAAAUAGCGGAUUCAAGUGUGUUCCAAGUCAUCUACAACGUAAGCGCUCCGAAAGCUCGAUCCAUACCAGUGGAAGGACUACGGCCUUACACAAGGUAUCAGUUGAGACUGAUAGCUGAGAACGUACGUGGAAGAGGGGCGCCCAGUGAACCAAGCGUGACAUUUGAGACAAAACAGACGAAUCCGGAAACACCAGCUUCCCGGCUGUUUGCUGAGCCACUGUCGUCAACAUCACUAUCGCUAUCCUGGACACCAUUGUUAAUGAACCAGUGGAACGGACAGCCGAAGGGAUAUCUGAUACUAUACAAAGAGAUUGGGACCGACCACUGGCAUGAAAUCCGGAUUCCUUCUCUAAGAGCGAGUGAUUUUAUUCUACGCGAUCUGCAACCGUACACAAGUUAUGAGGUCCAACUGUUUGCUGAAAACAUGUUCGGAAGAAGUGCCUCAUCAGGGACGUCUGAGGCCAAGACUUAUGAGGGUGUUCCUUCUGGUCCACCAAGGAAUGUUCGAGCUGAUGUGGACAGCAAACGUGGUGUAAUGGUGCAGUGGGAGCCUGUAGAAGAAGAACAAGCAAAUGGGAAUAUCAGAGGCUAUCAGAUUCGCCUGGAACCGGAACAAGAAUGGCUCAGAGCGGAUGGUACGAGGAAAUUCGAAGUCCAAGGGGCUAAUGUGUUGUCGAAAGCGGUCACUGGUUUGCGUGCAUUUACCAGUUACUUUGUCUAUGCUUCUGCUUGCACUAUUGUUGGUUGUGGUCCGGAAAAUAGAGUGCCGGUCGUAGUUUUAACGCCUGAAGAUUUGCCUGGUAUUCCUACUGGCGUUGCAUUCUCAUUGAUAAGUGAGAAUGAAGUGCGUCUCAAAUGGACACCGCCAGAAAAUCCCAAUGGAAAAAUUAAGUCGUACCACGUAUCCUACUGGAAGUCGUCUGAAGAUCGCUCGUCAGCGAUAAGAGCUCCGUUAUCCUCAACGCUUCUAUUUUUCACAGCUAACGGUCUGGAACCAAACAAACAGUACACUUUCACCAUUCAAGCGGAAAAUACUGUAGGAUUGGGUCCAGAAGCAGUGGUGCAGGUGGUUACAACUUCAGUGAGAGUGCCCGUUCAUGCUCCACCAGUACCUACUAGAAACGAUACGGCAAGGUAUGGAGCGCAGAGUAUAGCCAUUCGCUGGGACAACAGCAUUGAAGAAGAGGAUAGUGAAGCGCCAGUGCGAUUUGUGCAGGUUGAAUACCAAAAAGCGAACAGUGAUGACUGGACUCCGUACGAAAACGUUAUUUCUGGACGAGAUGGUGGUGUGGUCGUUACGGGCCUCCUAUCCAACUCCGAAUACCGUUUCCGUAUUCGUAAUAUUGGCGACAGCUCUCAAUCAGUAUGGUCAGCAGAGUCAGACUGGAUGAAGACAUUGCCGGCGCAGCCAUCUGCAAUGCCAUCAAAUUUGGUUGCAUCGCCAUAUGAUUCUUCAAGCUUAUUGCUACAGUGGACCACACCGCCAAGAGAAGCAUGGAACGCGGACGCUAUUGGCUAUCGUAUAGCUUUCAACGAAUAUCCGCUUUCUGCCGACAACGAUACAUGGACAACUGUCGAAAUUCCAGCGAAUAGUACAUGGCUUGAACGACCACAAUAUCUACUGCACAAUUUGGCUAGCUUCCGUCACUACAUACUUCGAAUGCGAGCGUUCAAUUCUGAAGGAAGCGGUCCAUUCUCUCCGCCAGUAUUUGUAUACGUGGGAUAUUCGAUACCGAAAGGGAAGGUGACCAAUAUUAUGGCAGAGCCACUUUCUUCCACAUCGUUGUCGGUUAGGUGGGAUCCAUGGAAUGAAGAUGGUGAUGCGGCAAUUAGUGGAUUCAGGGUUCGGUUUGUGCCAGUUACAUCAGUUUUAUCGGAAUCGAGUCAUGAAGAAGAACUUAUGGUUGUCGAGAACAAUAGCUGUGUGAUUACGGACCUACGGAAGUAUACAGAAUACCAAAUCUCAGUAACUCCAUACAAUCGAGCUGGUGAAGGUGGUGUGUCUCAAGUUCGAGUACGAACGUUAGAGGAUGUUCCAGGAACGGUGGGAGCGUUGAGGUUCUCGGAUAUACUCCUGGAUUCGGUGCGUGUAACUUGGAAACCACCAACUGAACCGAAUGGAAUUAUUACUGGGUAUAUUGUGAACUACAGGACCUUCAAAAUGAAGGAAGAAUUCAAAAAGGAGGUUCAAUCCCGAACGCAACAAACGUUCUAUCCAGCAACUAACCUCGAAGAAGGCGUAACAUACUUUUUUGCUGUGUGGGCCGAGACGUCUGCUGGCAGGGGCACUGAGGUCACUGGAAAUGUUACCUUGGGACCGAAUCCAGACGGCCCACCAGCUCCUAGUCGACCAGCACUGACGCCAGGGCCAUCCUCAGUGACACUUGAAUGGAAGGACGAGAAGAGGGAUACAGUUAUUGGUCAUUUGAUACAAGCGAAACUCGUUUCGAAGGAUACAAAUGCUGCUUUAGAGAAGAAACGUCAUAAGCGUUCAUUUGGUCGACCAACUCAUAUACAUGGAAUAUGGGUUACGUUGAGGAUUGUUGAAGGAGCAGGACAGCAGCAUGAGGUCAGCUACCGCGAACUGGAACCGUCCAGUUUCUACGUGUUCCGAGUGUUCGCCAGGAAUGAACUGGGAAUCGGGAAGCCGAGCGCUGAAACUGAGCAACUGUUUGUACCAGCUGUUAUUCCCGAAGACCCAUUCUAUACUACGUGGUGGUUCAUAGCAAUGGUUGCAAUGUCGACAUUUGUGGUGAUCGUGUUGUUGGUUGCAUUCCUAUGCAUCACUGGAUCUGUUGCGAAGUAUAAACGUGAAAAGCGCAAUUCUGUCGACAGUAUCCACCUUGCUAACGGCAAUUUUAUGGCAUUCCAAAUGGAAGCGAGCCAUCGGGACAUAGGAAGGAGCAGAAAUGAGCUAUCCACGCGUCCCGGUACAAAACAAUCGUGGCUAUCCGAUCGCGAACCACCAGCAUACGGUAGUAUCCUGGGAGAUCAGGAACGAUUGAGAGGUCGUGAAAGUAUUGAUGGCGGUGGAAGUGUGGUGAAUAUGUAUGGUCUAGAAACGGAUGUGAUACCACCGGUACCGAACCAGGAAGCGAUGCAGAGACUUACUGCUUUGGUCGGGCGAGAUGUGAGAGGAAGCGCCUACGUUUCUCAACGAGACUCAAUCGAUAUUCUGAAUAGAUCAAAAUACGGUAGUCGCGCCGAAUACGGUAGUCCAAUGAACAGGAUCCAAUAUUCACGAGCUGAUUACGGUACCAGAGUUGGCUACAGUCACACUGAGAACAAUGCCCAACCAGAAGAGUUUGCUGAUGAUUCAUUCGACGAUGAAGAUGAUGGAAGCGGUAGCAGCAAGGAAGAGAUUGAGAAUGGUGGCGAGAAUAUUGCUAGUCACUAUGGCAGCACUGACCAAUAUCGUGACACUUGGCGCAAAGUGAAAGCAAAUGAAGCGAUUCGUGGUGCACCACCACCGCCACCAACCACCUCAUCCAGAGCUGUGUCCACUGAAAGUGGAAGUGAGUCGUCAUCAGCCUGGCAACCUCAACCAGCUCCGAAUCUGUCAAGCGGGUUUUCAUCAUUCGUGUAA